AUGGCUUUGAUAUCUAGUGAUCAGUCUUGGAAUCAUAUGACAUCAUUUGAUUUUGAUGAUUUAUUUUCGUUUUCUGAUGAUUUAAAUCUUCAAAAUGAAUAUGAUCAAUAUUCUAUGCUUUAUGCUGAUAUAAUUGAAGAAAUUACAUCUUUACCCUCUGAAAUUGAACAAUCUCAAUUACAAA